AUUUAAAGAAGCCAAAGUGACUCACCCAAAGGCUUUUGUUGAAUCAGACGUGAAAACGAGCUGCUACUCAGAGGUUGAGUAAUCGCAAGUUUCUUGGAAGAAGAAGAAUCAGGAAAAUAAUAUCCCAAUGAUGGCCGAUCAUGGAGACCCAUGUGAUCCAUCUGAAGCCUCUUUUUGCAUGAAUGGGGGAUCAUGCUACAAGAUCCCCUCUGUCUCCACCCCCACCUGUCGGUGCAUUGAUAACUACAAGGGCAGCCGAUGUGAGCAGUUCCUGCUGGAGUCUAGGAGCAGCACCGAGUCUGGCAUAAUCGCAGCAGUGGUCAUCAUGGUCUUGCUCAUCGUGGUGAUGCUGGCUGUGAUCAUCUACUACACCUGCAAGCUGAAGAGGAGUAAAGAACAAAAUCAGCCAACCAGAGAACAGUACUGGAAGGUCCAGCACAGGGAGCCAAGAGUAUGACACUGUCCGAGCAGAGAUCUGAGGACACAGCAAGAAGCUCCUGUGGUGUUGGAGAGCUCCAUACACACCACUGGCACAGGUCUGAAUUCAGCUAGAGCUGGGAUGGACUAAGACCCCUCGAACAGACCGGCUAUAUACUUUAAAACACUUCACACUGGAUUUAGUCUUCUAAUGGUGUAUUUUAUUCAAAGUGGCAGUGCAGUGAAUGCAUGCGUGUUGAAAGGGCUUCUUCUGUGUAGCCCAUGACCCUAGUUUUGCCAAUGUUAUGCUUCACCACUAGAUGUCUGUCUCUGAAACUUUGUUGAAAAUGUAACAUUUCAAAAGGAAUCUUUUUAACAUUAACUUCAGUAUACAAUCACCUUAGGCUUGUAAUGUCAUGUGACUGACAGGUGGGAUGACUGUUAUUAUUGCAUUACCUUUUUGGCCACCUUUUGAAUGAUACUGACUGGAAAGACUGACAGAUGUUAGAAAGGUUAGAAAGAAACUAGGUUGUAGCUGACAGUCAACAACAUUACUUGAUCAGAUCCUAAUCAAGAGCCAUAAGAAUGGCAGGAAGAACAGCCACUGUUCACUUUCUGUGCACAACUUGCGCAAUAGCUAAAACUGCAUUAAGAUAAACUGUCCAUGCCUAAUAACUUUGUAAUUAUUUGCUUAAUAUCCCUUUAACACAGCUAUUCCAAUGAGGAUUUAAAAACUCCAAAGUCAGAAAACACUCCUUAAAUGGAUUUGAUACAAAGAAUGUCAGUGACAGCACUUAUAUCUGCCUGUCAUUGGUUGUACGACUACUGCAAUAACAUUAACCGGGGGGUCAGUAAAACCUUACAUUGGUUGUACUAUCGGUUGUAUUAUACUAGCCUAUAUAACCACGAAUAAGGCAAAUGGUUUCUAGACAACAGUUAACACAGCCGGUAUAUUCACAUUACGUGUUUAAUAGAGAACCUCAACAUUCAUAUGUUGUAGCAGCACUGUGCAUGUUGAUCACAGAGGAAAGCCUGUGGUGGCUAUGGUGGAGUAAACAUGGCAUAGGGCUAGAGAGGAACUUGGGAAUGUGAAGAAUGCAAAAGAAUGUAGACAUGAUGCAGGCACAUGAAAACAUGCAUUGCAUUCAUUUUUGUACAUUUUUGGUCCUGUAAGAAGCAUAUACUGUAUGUGUGUACAAAUAUAUUGUAUAUUUUAUUGUAAAACACUGUUUGUUCUUGUUUGUUGAUGGUGAUUUAUUUUUUACAUUGUUUAUUUGGAUGACCUGUUGACAGUGACUUAAUGUCAGAGUAUGUGUGGUAGAUGGAAUUGUAUACAAAAUAAUCUGUUCAGUAUUGAGGGAUACUACUUUUUAAAUAAAUAAUAUGAUUGUG